AUGUCUGUGCUCUAUUUACAGGUAAAUAUGAGCGAACCACAGAGUACUGCAGAACAAAUGCCUGCUGGGAAAAGCCAUGGCGGAAUUGGGGGUAACUACAAGAUCACUCUGUAUGAACUGGAGAAUUUCCAGGGGAAAAAGUGCGAGCUGAGUGGGGAAUGCCAGAAUCUGAGCGAGAAAGGCCUUGACAAAAUUGGAUCCAUCAAAGUCGAGUCUGGACCAUGGCUCAGCUUUGAACGCCAGUCAUAUGGGGGUGAACAGUUUGUGCUGGAAAAAGGAGACUAUCCCCGAUGGGACACUUGGUCUAACAGCCACAGGAGUGACUACCUGAUGUCCAUCCGUCCCCUGAAAAUUGCAAGUCUAAUAGAAAAGCUGGAAAAUGACAGUGCUGAACACAAGAUCCACUUGUUUGAAAAUGCUGGUUACAAUGGAAGAAAGAUGGAGAUUGUGGACGAUGAUGUACCCAGCCUGUGGGGUCAUGGAUUUCAGGACCGUGUAGCCAGUAUUAAAGUUUUGAAUGGAACCUGGGUUGGUUAUGAGUACCCUGGCUAUAGAGGACGACAGUAUGUAUUUGAGAAGAAUGAAUAUCAACACUGGAAUGACUGGAAAGGCAACCAACCUAAAAUCCAGUCAGUCCGCCGUAUCCGUGAUAUGCAGUGGCAUAAACGUGGCUGUUUUACUGGAACUCCAGCAGCACCUUCAGCUCCAGCUCCAGCCCCAGCUCCAGCCCCAGCCCCUACUAGCAGCUGAAGGAGAGUCAAGCACACACUCCAACCAUCAUCAUCUCCUGCAGAGAAGCAUAGCAAGAAGAGACGCACAAAAUGAUUUUACAUGAUCUUUACAUGUCUCUAAAAUGUGUUAGUCCAAAUCUUUGAAUAAAAGUGCUGGGCUACUGGA